AUGCCUCUGAAUCUGCAAGAUGUACGACAGUAUUUAAGCGAAUUAAGAAAUUCCGGUGGUUUGCACAAAGACCAAGCAGAAAAAUAUCGGAAUGUUUUAUUAAAGAUUUUGAAAAAUCCUGAAAACGAACUUGCGGACAGCUUAAAAGCGUUUGUCGAAGCUAUUGUGAAUGAAAAUGUUAGUUUGGUUAUAUCUCGACAACUUUUAACUGAUGUCAGCACACAUCUUUCUUUACUGCCGGAUCCUGUAUCUCAAGAUGUAUCACAUUUUUGCUUAGAUGUUAUCCAACCAAGAGUAAUUUCAUUUGAAGAACAGGUUGCAAGUAUCCGACAACAUUUGGCUGACAUUUAUGAGCGUAAUCAAAAUUGGAAAGAUGCUGCUAAUGUCUUAGUUGGCAUUCCUUUGGAGACAGGGCAAAAACAAUACUCUGUUGACUACAAACUAGAAACAUAUUUGAAAAUUGCACGUCUUUACUUAGAAGUGGAUGAUCCUGUGCAGGCGGAGGCCUUUGUUAACAGGGCAUCCUUACUACAGGCUGAAACUACCAAUGAACAACUGCAAAUAUAUUACAAAGUGUGUUAUGCUCGAGUGUUAGAUUAUAGGCGUAAGUUUAUUGAAGCUGCUCAAAGAUACAAUGAAUUGUCAUACCGUAAUAUCAUUCAUGAAGAUGAACGCAUGACAUGUCUGAGGAACGCACUUAUUUGUACGGUUUUAGCGUCAGCAGGUCAGCAAAGGUCCAGGAUGCUGGCAACCCUAUUUAAGGAUGAACGUUGCCAGCAACUACCUGCUUUCUCCAUAUUAGAAAAGAUGUACUUGGAUCGUAUUAUCCGUCGGUCUGAGCUACACGAGUUUGAAGCACUCAUGCAGACUCAUCAAAAGGCCACAACACCAGAUGGGUCUUCAAUAUUAGACAGAGCUGUGUUUGAGCACAAUCUGCUGUCAGCCAGCAAGUUGUACAACAAUAUUACCUUUGAAGAACUCGGUGCACUAUUGGAGACUCCGCCAGCGAGAGCUGAACGUAUUGCCAGCCACAUGAUCAGUGAAAAACGAAUGAAUGGACAUAUUGAUCAGAUUAAUUCUAUUGUGCAUUUCGAGACGCGCGAUAUCUUACCCCAAUGGGACAAGCAAAUACAAAGUCUCUGCUACCAAGUCAACAGUCUUAUUGAGGAGAUCGCGAACGUAGAGCCAGAGUGGAUGGCUAAACUAAUGGAAGAAGAGAUGAUUCAAUGA